AUGAAGGAUCCUCAUCAAAAAUAUCCCCCCAAACACACCCAAGGUGCCCCAGCACCAUCGUCUCUCCUAAUCCGUCGUCCAAUCGCAACAAAUUCUCGCAUAAAACAAGAUCAGAAUGUUCGCAGAGACAUGUACCUUGCAUUCGUCAACAAUGCUCUCCACGAAAAGUCAAUUGGAAACAGCGAAUCCUUCGAUCAACUCGUCAACCAAUUCAACUUCAAGUCAUCCAGCAAUGAUGCUCCAACGCAACCAGCUCAAUUGCGAGUUUGGAUUGCUGCUCUCUCUCACAUCGUUUCGCGUCUUGAGCGCACACACUCUGCACUGGUCGAAGCAUUAGUAAACAUGCCUUGGACAACUCUCGAUAGCGCGACAGUAAAGUCAUACACUGUAUUCAUCGGAAUGCUUCUCAGUGCCCGUCCAGAGUAUCUGUCUCUCGUCCUUGGCAAAAUAGCUCAAGGAUUUACACAUCGUGCUCCUCUCACUCGUCGCGUGAUAUAUGACAGAUUGCACAAUCUUCUUGGUCACAUUCUCUCCCUUAUCCCAACUUUGCCCUCAACCCUUCAGCCCCUCCUUGUUCGCCAUUUUCCCCAUAAACGUCAAAACCAAGUUGUACAGACGACGUACAUUCGCAACCUUCUCAGAGUGUCAACAUACUGCCCUGAGCUCUCUGACAAGAUCUUGGCGACAAUUGUAGAUCGCGCCAUACAAAUCGAUGUUGAGAUCCAGGUUGAAAUCGAAGAACUAGAAGAGGAAGAAAAUAUACAGGAUCAGGAUGAUAUGGUCAAGAAGCUCGAUGCUAUUCUUACCCUUAUAUUCCAACAUUUUCACCGCACAUAUACCUCCCUAUCAGCUUCCUCAUCCUCGAAUACUCGCCUUUCAUCUCCCGCUGAACUACUGCCAUUACCUCCAUUACCCUCUACCCUCACCAUCCCACUGACGCCAUCGUUCGACAGCCACGCCCAGGCAUCAAAAUCUAGUUCCCUACGUAUACAGUUCCAUUCCUUGCUCUCCAUCUUUGACCGCACCAUUCUCCGGACGUUUAAAUCACGCUAUACACAAUUCCUCGUGUUCUGGUACACCUCCCUCGACCCAGAAUUCGCGGACAUCUUUCAAGGGAUGCUCGUCGACCGGGCUUUCUCUCCAACAACACCAGAACUUACACGAGCAGCAGCGGCAUCUUACAUUGGUAGCUUCGUAUCACGAGCAACUUUUGUGGACGGCGACGGCGCGAGGAGGGUAGUUGCCGUGCUGUGUGAAUACCUUCAAGCUCACCUUGACGGCGUGGAGGAGGCCAUUAAGCUUCAUGGUGAUGACUGGGUAGGAGGGGCGCAGCAUGCUGUUUUCUAUGCUGUUGCACAGGCUGUGUUUUUAAUUUUUUGUUUUCGUUGGAGAGAUCUUUUGCAAGACGCAGAUGUUGAUGACGAGGUUGGGCUCAGGUCGAGCAAUGUGAGUGGGAAGAAUAAAUGGAUACCUGAGUUGAGCGUGUUAAAGAGGGUUGUGAUAUCUGUUUUGAAUCCGUUGAAGGUCUGCUCCCCUAACGUGGUGAUGCAGUUCGCUCGCGUUGCGCACCACACUGACUUCAUAUACUGCUACACAAUUCUCGAGUCCAAUAAACGAUCAGAAUACGGCCCCUCCCCUAACUCUAUCCCAAAUUCCAACACCACUCUGAACACGUUUUUCCCUUUCGACCCAUAUCGCCUCCCCAGAUCAAACGUCUUCAUUCAGGGAGUGUAUAGAGAAUGGGCGGCCGUUGCGAUAGACGACGACGACGACGAUGACGAAAAUGAAGACGAAGAUGGGUGCAAAGACAUAGACGACCUGGCAGGCAACGGGUACCUGAACAUUCCGCAACCUUCACGGAGCCAGGAUGAGGACGAUACCGGGCUAGGAGCAUCGUUGGGGGGGAUGAGCAUUAGCCCAAAGUUUCGGUGA